AGGACGGAGUAUCUGGUUGCAGACAUGUCUUCAGAUAUCAUGGUAAUGGCUGGUCUGGGUCGACCUUUCACCCUUGGGAUGCUGUACGACGCCCGCCGAGAGAAACUGAUCCCAGGUUUCUCAAUGUUUGGUGAUGAAACUCUACAACAGUAUGCAUCAAGUAACCCUCAACGCAGCAGUGAUUUCCAAAUCGUUGCCUCUGAUUCCAUUAACGACAAGUCUUCUCUGAUGGAUAUUGAAGCUUCUCUGGGAGUCAGUUUCCUGGGUGGGCUGGUUGAAGUUGGGGGAUCUGCCAAGUAUCUUAAUAAUACGAAGAAAUACCGGAAUCAGAGCAGAGUCACACUCAAGUAUAAAGCUACCACCACUUAUCAACAAUUCACAGCUCCUCCUGGAACCGUGAAGGUGCAACAAACGGCCAUUACUGAGAAGGGCUUGGCAACACAUGUAGUUACAGGCAUCCUCUAUGGAGCAAAUGCCUUCUUUGUGUUUGACAAUGACAAAUUAGAGGAUAGCAACCUUCAGGACAUCGAGGGCAGAAUGGAAGCUGUGAUUAGGAAGAUUCCUACUGUUAGCAUUGAGGGGUACGGUUCUGUCAAACUGACUGAUGAAGAAAAAUCUCUGGCCAGCAAUCUCUCCUGCAAGUUUCAUGGAGACUUCCUUCUUGAAAGCCUCCCUACUACUUUUGAAGAUGCAGUGAUGACAUACCAGAAUCUUCCAGGACUUCUUGGAGAAGAAGGAACCAAUGCGGUUCCAAUGAAGGUCUGGCUGGUACCCUUGAAGAAAUUUUAUUCUCAAGCUGACCUGCUGGUCCGUGACAUCACUGUUGGUGGAGUGAGAAAGAUUCACAGUACCCUAGAAGAGUUGCACGAACUGAAGAGGAGAUGCAAUGAAGCCAUGGAUGACAAACUUGUGAAACAACUUCCACUGAUUCAUGACAGGGUUAGCAAUUUCCAACAGCUAUUUCAAGAUUACAUUCUUACCGUGCAACAGAAAAUUGCGACGAAACUUCCUCUGAUUCGGGGAGGUACAGAAGACGAAAGCUCAUUAGAGAAGAUAAUUACAGACAGGGCCAAGUCACCAUUCAGCAAUGAAAAUGUGAGCACGUGGCUGGAUGCCAUAGACAGAGAAAUCACUGCCUUAAAGACCUGUGCAGGCCUGAUGGAGGGAACACAGACAAAAUUUGUCUCAAAUCAGACCGAGUUGGAUAGAGAGGUUCUUGCUGAAAAUGCAAAGCAUGCUCUGUGCUUUGUUUUCACCUCCAUGGAGCGCAGUGAUCCCUACCUUAGAGCGUUGUCCGAAUAUUUGGAAUCACCCAAUACAGAAAUCACCAGGGAUGUUGCGCCAUCCACUGAAGACAUGUGGUGUUACUCCACUCGGGUGGUACUCAAAAUGAAACAAAAAGCCCAACAAUUCAUUGAGCAUGCCAAAAAAAUGGAGAAAAGCAGGAAUGUCGUUUUCCUUGCAGCAGCCAUAACAAAUGGGAAAUACCAAGGAGCAAGCAUCUACCAUUACAAGGAGGGCAGUCUGGUCACUCAGGACUUUACAUUUCCUAUCUUUGUUGAUGCGGAGCGUGUCAAAGACAGAAGUGAUCUACUUUGGUAUGCCUGCGACCUCACUUUUGACCCAAACACAGUACACAACUGUGUCACUCUUUCUGACAACAACAAACUUGCGGAGUGUGGAAAACAGCAGAAAUAUAGUGCUCACCCAGAGAGGUUUAAUGUCUUUCGGGAGGUGUUGUGCAAAGAGGAGCUGAACGGGCGCCAUUACUGGGAGGUAGAGUGGACCGGACACGUUUCUGCAGGUGUUGCAUAUGUAGGAAUCGGCAGGAAAGAUUCUAAGCCUGAGAGCCUUAUUGGGUACAAUUUGAAGUCCUGGGCCUUAUGCGCUACCCCCAAAAAAGGAUAUGUUAUAUGGCGUAAUCCAGUAAAAGUCCUUGUCUCUAUGCCUGAUCCUAACUUUACACGACUAGGAGUGUAUCUGGACUGGCGUGCUGGCAGUCUGUCUUUCUACAAGGUCUCCUCUAAUGUACUGCAUCACCUUUGGACCUUCAAAACCAAAUUCACUGAGCCUGUUUACCCAGCCUUCUUAAUUGGGCUUAACAUUGACAACGGAAAGGCCAGAUUACUUUGA